CCGACGUAAUACGGUUUACUGGUCGCGCUCAAGUUACCUGACUGCGGGAACAAGCGAAUUCCCACGGAUCCGAUAACCGCCUGUGACCAGCACAGCAAAUGACUUUGUAACUUCAAGACUUGUCCCCACCACCCAUGUCGCUUCCUCGCUCAGACUAUGACCCUCGCAGGGUGUGUUUAAACCCGUUCCCAGAUCUCAACUUGAACUUGGGAAAGCAUCGCCGGACAAUUGGUAUUUACCUCGCAGGCGCCUUGUUCGCACUUGCAAACUGGACUUUCCUCGACGCUGCUAUAUUGUCUGCACAUGCUCACCCGCCUUAUGAGGAUCCCCAAAUCCCGCCUCCCGUGCAUGUGCAGUUCGUCGAUUGGGUGCCAGGCAUCUGCUCGCUCCUUGGCAUGCUCAUUAUCAACUUGAUCGACAAGGAUAGGAUUAGAGGGGAUGAUUAUGGAGACUCUUCGGCUGUGUGGAGGGCGCGGCUUUUCCUGUUCAUCGGGUUUGCUUUCAUGGCUGGUGGAUUAGCGGGGAGCGUGUCCCUCCUCGUGCUGAAAUACAUCAUGAAUGACUACCCCGAGCAGUUCACAUACUACGGUUAUGCGAACGUAUCGCAGAACGUGGCUUUGAUGCUGUCGGCAGUUGUGCUUUGGAUUGCUCAGAGUGUGCAGACUGAAUAUGAUUAUAGCCUUACGCUUUAGGCUAUGGCAGAUACGACGACUUUUAUUGAUGUUGUUGAAUUGUUUCAGUGUAGCUUUGAAUAUGUAUGUUUUUUUUGCGAUUUAUUGGUGGGUAUGAUGGUGGGCGGCAACUCGGGAAACAACAUUUAGACGGACGGCCGGCGGGGACGUUCGAGUGUCCGAG